UUUGUAAAUAUAUACUGCUAAUUACCUUUUCUCAUCAGAAGUUGGAGCAGUCUUGUGAUUUCUAUCAGUGUCCAGCAGAGCACUGGUUAAAGCUUGAAGGAGGAGUUUUCUUUUUGCUCUAGGAGGAUGCAGAACCCCUGACCUCUGUCUGGACAGUGCUGAUUGGCCCUGUGCUGAUCACAUGCACUCUUCCAAGGAAAAAAAAAUACACACCAAACUGAGCAUGUGCCCAGUGUCUCCACAUGAUAUGUGUUAUCAGGAGAUAAGAGAGGGCACUGGAAGAAGGGGAGGAUCAGAGAAGUCAGGAUCAAAC